UUGACUGAAAAUGAUGGCUGACCACGAGGAAGCAGAACUGUCCGAGUCCCUUCAGAAGGAGGACGGGUUUUCCAGCGAGGUGGAGGAUCCAGGUACGAACUUCAAAUCUAAAAGUUUGCCUGUUUUAAGCGAAGCUGCAUCUCAGGAGAAAACCUUACUGGCGAGCUCAGUGCGGAUGUCCAUAACGGCUGAGGAGAGCACAGAGUUCAUCCAGAUCCCGCCCAAGACUGAGUCGUUCCAGGCCGAGUCCCCGACGAGAGUGAACUACCCGCCAAAACCAGGGAAGUCGGCGCUGAAUAGGCCGACCUCGUACAUGGAGAACACAGAGAUCCGAAGGAGUAAACACAUGGCUAGGAGGAAGCCCCCGGGGUUUUUCGCAGCCAGGCUAGCUCAGAUUCGUCUGCCCAGUCGGAAGCACCUUGGCGUCAUCUUGCAGGACUCUCGCUGCUUCCUGUUCUGCAUGUGCUACCUGACGUUCAUCCAGUCGCUCAUGGUGUCUGGCUACCUCAGCAGCGUCAUCACCACCAUAGAGAAAAGGUACAGCCUGAGGAGCUCCGAGUCUGGCCUGCUCGUCAGCUGUUUCGACAUCGGGAGCCUCCUGGUGGUCGUCUUCAUCAGCUACUUUGGUGGGCGGGGCCAGAGGCCUCGCUGGCUGGCAGUGGGGGGCAUUUUCAUCGCUGUGGGUGCUGCCCUAUUCUCCUUACCUCAUUUCAUCUCCCCGCCCUACCAGAUCCAGGAGGUCAACUCAUCUUUGGCCAACGAGGGCCUGUGCAUGAAUAGCAAUGCCAGCAGCAGGGAUCGCGUUGAUAUCACUUCCUGUCCCAGAGACCAAGAGGGCAACGAGCACAACCUGUACGUGGCGCUGUUCGUCAUCGCUCAGAUCCUGGUGGGCAUGGGGUCCACGCCCAUCUACACGCUGGGGCCCACCUACCUGGACGACAAUGUGAAGAAGGAGAAUGCCUCGCUGUAUCUAGCCAUCAUGUACGUGAUGGGAGCGCUGGGCCCGGCGGCUGGUUACCUGCUGGGAGGAGUCCUCAUCGGCUUUUACGUGGACCCCAAGACUGUUGUCAACAUCGACCAGAGUGAUCCCCGCUUCAUUGGAAACUGGUGGAGCGGGUUCCUGCUGUGCGCCAUAGCCAUGCUGCUGGUCAUCUUCCCCAUGUUCACCUUCCCCAAGAAACUGCCGCCCCGACACAAGAAGAAGAAGAGGAGGAAAAAGCUGAGUCUGGACGACCUGUCCAGUGACGACGACGUCCGCAAGGAGAAGAGCAACAACAACAAGACCCAGACGGUCACUUCGUCCAUGGGCUUUGGCAAGGACAUCAAAGACCUACCUAAAGCUGCAGUGAGGAUCCUCAGCAACGUAACCUUCUUGUUUGUCAGCCUCUCCUACACGGCAGAGAGCGCCAUCGUAACUGCUUUCAUCACUUUCAUCCCUAAAUUCAUCGAGUCUCAGUUUGGGAUCCCUGCCUCCAAUGCUAGCAUCUACACUGGUGUGAUUAUUGUACCUAGUGCCGGCGUGGGGAUCGUCCUGGGCGGCUACAUCAUUAAGAAGCUGAAGCUUGGUGCUCGCGAGUCGGCCAAGCUGGCCAUGAUCUGCAGCGGCGUGUCCCUGCUCUGCUUCUCCACGCUGUUCAUCGUGGGCUGCGAGAGCAUCAACCUCGGAGGGAUCAACAUCCCCUACACCACCGGACCUACACUCACUAUGACGCAGAGGAACCUGACCGGAGGCUGUAAUGUGAACUGCGGCUGUAAAAUCCACGAGUACGCUCCGGUCUGCGGCUCUGAUGGCAUCACAUAUUUUAACCCCUGCCUAGCUGGCUGUGGCAGCGUGGCCAACGACAGCACUGGGAUCCGAAACUACUCCGACUGCGCCUGCGUUCAGAGCCGGCAGGUUAUCACGCCGUCGACCGGCAGUCAGGGCAGCAACCAGCUGCAGCUCGUCAUCGUCAAGACCUACCUGAACGAGAACGGCUACGCCGUGUCAGGGAAGUGCGACCGCACCUGCAAUACGCUCAUCCCCUUCCUCAUCUUCCUCUUCAUCGUCACGCUCAUCACUGCCUGCGCUCAGCCCUCCGCCAUCAUUGUCACCCUCAGGUCUGUAGCGGAGCAGGAGCGGCCGUUUGCUCUGGGAAUGCAGUUUGUCCUCCUCAGGACUCUCGCCUACAUCCCCACUCCCAUUUAUUUCGGGGCCGUCAUCGACACCACCUGCAUGUUGUGGCAGCAGGACUGUGGCGUCCACGGCUCCUGCUGGGAGUACGACGUCACCUCUCUGCGCUUCGUGUACUUCGGCCUCGCUGCUAGCCUCAAGUUCCUUGGCUUCCUCUUCAUCUUCCUCACCUGGUACUCCAUUAAGUACAAAGAGGAGCGGGUGGAGCGCUGGCUCAAGCGCCACCUGUCGCCUGUCGACACCGUGGGCAGCCUCGUCUGCCACCCCGGCGGCCACAAGGGCCACGCCCGCACCCGUUCCUGUCCCGUAAAUAUCCCUCGAACCGACCCCAACACUCUGCCUGCUAAUGCACCGCCGCGCGCCGGCACCCUGAACCGUGGCGUUAGCACCCAGAGCUGCCCCGGCCAGGAGCUGAAAGCAAUAACUCCUCCUCCGGCAGCCGCAGCUGCACCUUCACCCGCAGCGGCGCCCAACCCCGCACCUGCCCGAUCACUGGAACACGUCUCAGUCCGAGUCUGAGCUCCAGAUCGGGGCCUGGGCGACGAGGCAGGUCUCUUCCACUGACUUCUCGUUUCUUCUGAAAUCCAGUCAGCUGGGUUUUUAGCCGCUGUCAAGAGCACCAGUCAUAGCACAGAUGUCCGGCUCGCAUCUCAAGUCUCUGAUUGGCUGGUGAAACACUGGUAAACUACGUGGAUCGAAAACCUUCAGGUAGACCUCCUGCUUUGUCCAGACCAGGUGGAAAUCUCUGCUCGGUUCAUUGAAAUGCAAAUGGAAGCUUGGUUUCCUUUGAGAUGGAAGACAGUUCAUCGCUCAUAAGCCCCCACCUCCACCCCUCCACCCUCACCUCGGCGAUGUGUGCCUUCUGUCACCACGGUCCUCACAUUAAUAGUACAAAACACACUGGAAGCCCCUCACACACACACAGACUUGGUCACCUUGUAGGAGUCGCCUGAACAGAUACCUCAGCUUCGCUAACCUCUCCCUUCAGCUUCACCGUCGCCUCACGUCUGCGUGCUUCAUCCUCAUUUGCGAUUUUCUUUUGAGCCAUUUUUGUUCUUGUAUCAGCGCUUUCACUGGAAAAAAAAAAGAAAAACCUUUGGAAAUGUGAUACACAACCGUUAAAGAACUGGAAACCGAUGGCAUGGUGCUAUGUGAAAAACAGCGUCCUUUUUUUAAAUCUUUUUUUUAAAGAAAAAACCCAACAGGUCACUGGGCUAAGCAGCUUGGCAUGCACAGAAUGCCUUCCUCUUCGAUGCAAGGCCUUUUGUUGCUCCCCUGACACAAUGACACGCAGUAUUACUGCUGAAAGUCGGAUUGUUUUGGCUUUUUCCAGCUCCAUACAAUGCAUCCAUACAUCCGGGCCUCUGACUGGCACCCUGUGAUAAGCAGCUUAACCUGGGGAGAGGAAAAAAAAAAAAAAAGAGGAUCGGCAUUUUCCUCCUGACCACAUUCCCGGCGAGCCAGCGGCGGAUUCUUCGAAUAAACGACUGGAAGAACGAGGAAAGAAACAGACUGCAUUUCAGGCUCAGUGACUUUAACAUUUGUAGUCAACAUGUAGGAAGGCGAGUAGUCGACCAUCACGUAGAGGUCAUAGUGUAGUCAUCUGUUCCCUUUGUCUGCUCCAGAAAUGAAAGCGGUGUCUGCAGAUGGAAACUGUAUGAAUGCACCUUGUUGGUUUAAUAUGAAACAGUAGUCCUGGUGUAUUAUGGGUAAUGACCUGCUCGCCUGCCAGAAUGUGAUGUGUGUUGCGUUUGAUAGGUGUAAGUUGCAGCAAAGUGAGGAAAAAAUAAGAAAAUAAGGCAUCAGUUUGCAGAAUGGUUCAGUAGUUUAUUGAGAAAGUAGAGAAAAGGUCACAGAUUCCUGAUGGAGUGCAGCUAAUGAUCGUUUUUUUUUUUAAUCUAAAAAAAAAAAAAAAAAGUCAAACAAUGUGAAUCAACAGUUUUUCUGAGCUCAAAUUUUUUUGUUCAACCCCAAAACCCAAAGAUGUUUUUAGCAAUAUGAAAAACCGAAAGGCUUAACCUAUCAAAUGUGCAAGCCAAUUAGGCUCAUUUCCAGCUCUACUGUUUUACUCUUGGACUCGACUAGAGUAGCUUUGCAUGAUUCACAGUUUAAAAUAAUCCUCUUUUAACUCAUACAGGGCCUUUGUUCAGCCCCUCAUUUCAUCCACUGUCCCAAACAAGCUCUUUUAAUAUUUUACACCAGUGGUUCUUAAACAUUUCCAGGCGUGAUCCUGUUUUCACCUGUCACUAAACCAUUUUUUAUCAAUUACUAACAACAAAUGUAGGGUCUUGAUCCUAGAGUCAAUGCAAGAGCAUCAACAAAAAAAAGAAAAAAGAAAUCAGAGUAUCACUGCUUUAAACCUGCUUUCUUCUGGUUGGCUGCCCCUCACAAACAGUAGGUUUGAGCAGGAGGGGGUGGGGCUUUGGUCUCGCACCCAGAGUGGUGUUGCCUGAGAUGACAAUAGUAGGGACUUCCCUGCUCACUGACUUAAAUAUUCACCAUUAAAACAGCAGACAUUUGACGGCAAGUAAGGAUAACAGCUCGACUUUAAAAGACGUGAAGCACCAGUUUGGACCUCAGCCGUUGUUUUUUCUUUUGGCAGUUUGGUGUAACAGAUUUAGUCGUUAAAGGUCAGAAUAAAUUUUACUCCAUUUAUUAUGACAUUUAAAAAAUAUAAUAUUAAACUCAAAAGGAGAGUAUUCACUGAGCUCUUACACAAAGAAGAAGCAGAGUCGUUUUUCGGUAGACGUGUUCUGAUCGUGUUCUGUGAAGGAAAAGUUGCACAACUGCUACUAAAUGCAUCGAAAAGCAAGCAGUCACCGUAUUUGAAAGGUUUUCAACAGUAAGUCUCAACAAAAAUAAGUAAAAAUGACCAAUCUGAAGAAAAAACAACCCAAUAACAUCUUUGGGAAAAUUUUGACCUUUUUUUUCUUAUUGUUUUGAUUUUAAAGGUAACAAUUAAGCCAUAUUUAAAGCUUGUUUUAAAAUUAGUUAGUGGUUAAAGUAGUUAAAUUUUUGAUUUAGCAGCCCAGUGGAAGCAAAUAAUCACCAUCACUUUUAUAUUUUUAAUUCUACUGUACACUAAACGAACUGUGGAACUGAAGUGCUACUUAACAGUGAUGAAAGCUCAAAAAGUAACAAGUUUAAUUCCUAAAAUGUUUUAAUAGUUUUACAAUAAAUUAAUAGUAUUAGUAAAAGUAAAUUAAUAACAUUUGUCGGAUUACUGUCAGUGCGCACAGUGAUGGGACAAACUUCUUUUUUGAUCCCCCAAAUAAUUUUACUCCAACUUUUUUGGAUUCUUUUAAAUCCAGAGAUUACAUUUACAAAGGAAAUAGAAACAUUUUUGAACCUGUACCACCAUGUAAGCCAUGUUUGUAUUUUGUAUAUAGACAGUUUGAUGAGGAUUUGCUUCCACUGUGGCUGCAAGCUAAAACUUUUCUCCUCAGUCUAGAAACAGAGGGCAUUUCUGAGCUUUAAGAACAGAAAUAUAAAUUUAGAUCAGUGUUAGAGCUUCUUUCCUCUUGGCUCUCUGUUUACAGCUCGUUACACAUCUGUUUUUGUUUUUCCCUCUAAAAACUCAAACCUCACAAAAACACUGUGUUUGGAUGUCGAGGUGUGAUGCCCGUGGAGGUUCGAUGUUACAUGUGCUCUUACUGUACACACGCACAGAGUCCUGAGCAGUUUGUCCUGUGAGGACACCUGCUGGGCAGAUGUGUACCAGCACGUAGGACACGGGAAGCCAUCCGACACGCACAUCAUGUCUCAAACCAACCGAAGAGAAAGAGGAUCAAUACUUGUUACAUGCGAGACAGAGAACAAGAACCAAAACAGUAUUUUUGUGUGUAGACAGCACGGUUGGUGCCUCAUUUCGUCCCGGUGUUUUUACUUUUGAGACCUCAGAUAAAAGCAGCUCUGAAACAAACAGUUUCUUAUGCUAUUAUUUAUCCUGCAUCUUAUCCUCAUUUAAAGCCACCUGUUUCAUUUGCUGCAGGGUUUGAGCUCCAGCAGGUGAAGGACAAUUUUUAAAACAUUUUCUGGCGGUUAACCUCUUUCACCAAACUAAAAAAAACUUGAUAAAAUCAGCUAUUUAAGCAGUAAGACUUCAGACAGAUACAAACAGGUUCACUUGGGCUGUAUUUAUAUGCAUUUAUCAAAGAUUCAGUAAGAGGACUAGAUGUUACAAUCCCUGAUAAUGCAUUGCUUUAAAUGGAGAAAAUCUUGAGGGGUGGCUGUUAUGAGGAAAAGCAGCCCAGAAACGUUACCAGCGGCACACAUCGUUGUGUGCGUAACAUUUCGUUCUUUUACCCAAGCUAAUUUGCCAUUUUUCCUUGGUUAGAUUUAAAGAAUUUAAAAUUUCUAAUUUUCGGGGACAAAAAAAUUAAUCUCAAAGGUUUGAGCAAGUCUAGGCAUAUCUGUAAAUCUAUAAAAAGAGAACAGUUACUCAUAAGUUUAUGUUGUACGUGCAUUAUUGACACAGUAUUGUCACUUCAUUGUAAUCGUCAAUACGCGGUUAUCAUGAAACUCAUAACAGCCAACAAACAAUCGAUCAGUCGACCCUGAGACUGCUGGGCUACAGCUGUAGGCCGCUGAGGUCUCCAACACAGAGACUGCAUAAUUAAUUUAUAUAGACUUGUUUUCGCUUACAGUUACUGCAUUAUUAUUAUUAUUAUUAUUAUUAUUAUUAUUAUUAUUUUAUACGUGCUUCCUAUUUUGUUCCCCUCAGAGAGUCGCGGUGCAUCUUGUGCAGCAAUAGGAUAAAAAAUAAAAUUCAAGCUAGAAUAUUUCAAGAUGAGGCGCAUGCUGGAGCUGAUGACUGACUGGUGAGCUUUAAGGGUUCAGUGAUUUUAAAAAAGAUUCUUGUUUUAAUUAAAGUGAUUAUUAUUGUUGAACAGGUUAGAGCUCAUGUCUGAUGCAAUAACAUGUUUCUGUAAUGUUAGAGUGACUUUUGAGGUGAUAAAAUUAAGGACAGGUGGACAAUAAUCACACACAAGAAACAUCUUAGGGACAAAAAAAAUCGCACCACUUCUCAGUAAAUGGAAGGAAAACUUGACACACGAUUUCAGUAGAGAAAGUAGAGUAGAGUAGAAUCAAAUUUCAGCACAUCAUUCCAUUUUUAUGUACAGCGAGAACAGCUAAUACAAAUCUCACCCGUGUCCGUCUGUGUCGUGUUAGAGAUGCUCGUCCAUCCGUUUAACAUUUAACCAGAACAUCUGCUGUUUCAGUUUGUCCAUGCAGCGCUGCGGUUCAGCUGCAGGCGGCGCUGUUUCACGUCUCAAACGACACUGGGAGGAUGAACUGCUGACACCAGUAUUUCUUGAUAGCAGGCUUUUUUUCCCUUUUUGAUAACGCAUAAAAAGAAAAUGGGAAGUUUUUGUUUAACAGGAGGAAAAGGUGCAUUUAUUGGGGACUAUUUUUCAUGGCGGAUUAGUCAACCUUUGUUACUUUAGGGGCAGCAGAGUGAUGCAUGUGGGAGUGGAUCUGUGUUCAUGGUAAUAAAGGAACAUUUCAGUCAUUUUUGGACAGUGGUGCAGUGCUGUUAGGAGGAAGUUUGUGGAUUUCUGGGUGUCGUACAAGCUUAAUAAACCUUGUAAUGAGGCACACAGGAAGCCUCCUAAUCAGACACCUGGACCACCUGAUGCACUGAUAGACAUACUGUAAUUUUUAUAAUGAAGCUGAAGCUUUUUAAGGGGUUCAAAGGUCCAGAAAUUCUCACUACUCAUUUUAGCCGCACAUAACCAGCCGUGCAGGUGGUGUCAGUAUUUCGUCCUCCGGCUUCAGGAUUUUACCACAUCGAGUCGUUUACCUCCGUGUGUCGCUUCAUAUGUGGCAUCAUUUCCAGACUGUGACUACAGACAAAGACUGAAUCUUUACGAGCUCCUUCAGGCAAAUGUAGGUUUUACCUUCUUCUUCUUCUUCUUCUUCUUUUUUUUUAAAAAGGAAAAAAACAAUCAGUAUUGUAUUUAUUUCCAAACAGUGUUUUUGAAUGACUGAACGAUCGCACUGAUGAGAGGCAACAUGUAGAUUUGUGGAUGCACUGUUUACAGAUGCCUUGGUUACUUGACUUCUGUCAAUAUAAAUGUGAAGAAAAAAAUUAAUAAACGAGAAUUACAGAAACUGC